GUAGAUAUACAGUAGCUAAGCUUCGCCUGCCAAAGUAUUUUGCUGUUUGACAUAGAAUGGCAAAAGAGAUGGCAGUGCUGAAUGCACACAGUGUCCUAGUGACUGGGUCCAACCGAGGCAUCGGCUUGGAGCUUAUCAAGCAGCUGGUUGUGAAAAGUAACAAGCCAGAAUGGAUCUUUGCCACCUGCCGGGACCCCGAAGGAUCAUGUGCCCAGGAGUUGAAGAAUUUGGCUGCCAAGCACCAUGGACUGGAGAUCAUCCAAAUGGACACUCGUGAUCCAUCCAGCAUCCAGGCUGCUGUAGCCAGAGUCACUGAGCGGUUGAAAGGAGCUGGAUUGAAUCUCCUGAUAAACAAUGCUGGGAUUUUAAACCUAAGCACUCUGGAGUCAGAGACACCACAGAGCAUGUCUGAAGUGUACACAACCAAUGUGAUUGGUACCAUGAUAGUGACCCAGGCAUUCCUGCCCUUGUUGAAGAAGGCAGCUCAGGAAAGCCCCCGGAAAGGGAUGAGCUGCAGCAAAGCAGCCAUCAUCAAUGUAUCCAGCGAAGCCGGCUCCAUCAAAAACAUCUUAGUAUGGGAUGAAGGGCAAAUAAUUGGUUAUCGCUGCAGCAAGGCUGCUCUGAACAUGCUCACACGGUGCCAGUCCCUGGGCUACACCAAAGACAAGAUCCUGUGCAUUGCAUUGCACCCUGGAUGGUUACAGACAGACAUGGGAAAUAAACUGGGACAGCCCCCACUGACAGUGGACUUCAGUGUGCGUGAGAUCCUGAGCACCCUUGCCCGUCUCUCUGAGAAAGAAAAUGGUGCAUUAGUGAACUUGGAUGGCAAAGUCCUUCCCUGGUGAGACACCAAACGACCUGCUUGCCUGCACUGCAGAAGGAACCCUGCACCAUCAUGGGCAAUAUAAACAUCCAAGAAGCCAAGCCUUCUUCUUUUCAGAAAGUACAUCUCCUGAAAAAAAUCUUGUAACCUACUUUCCUCCUAACUGCGCUAUGUACUGAGACUAAUACUCUGUGACUUGUGCAACCUUA